AUGGCAGCAUAUAGAGCUGAUGACGAUUAUGAUUAUUUGUUUAAAGUGGUGUUGAUUGGGGACUCUGGUGUUGGUAAAUCCAACCUUCUUUCUCGAUUUACGCGAAACGAAUUUAGCCUUGAAUCGAAAUCAACCAUUGGCGUUGAGUUUGCUACUCGAAGCAUUCGUGUCGAUGAUAAGAUUGUUAAGGCUCAAAUUUGGGAUACUGCAGGACAAGAAAGGUAUCGAGCAAUCACGAGUGCAUACUACCGAGGAGCUGUUGGUGCAUUAGUUGUUUACGAUGUUACCCGCCAUGUGACAUUCGAAAAUGUGCAGAGAUGGCUUAAGGAACUACGUGAUCACACAGACUCCAACAUCGUGAUCAUGCUGGUUGGGAACAAGGCUGAUUUGCGUCACUUGCGUGCUGUCUCUGUUGAAGAUGCCAAAGGUUUUGCUGAAAGGGAGAACACUUUCUUCAUGGAAACAUCCGCCCUCGAAUCGUUGAAUGUCGAAAGUGCGUUUACUGAAGUCCUAUCCCAGAUUUAUCAUGUUGUGAGCAGGAAGGCGCUUGACAUAGGAGACGACCCAGCAGCAUUGCCCAAAGGACAAACGAUUAACAUUGGCUCCAAGGACGAUGUAUCAGCAGUCAAGAAAUCUGGUUGUUGUUCCAAUUAG